GCCCACUUUUCUUGUGGAACUGUCCAGAGUGCUGGCAAAUCCAGGAAACAGUCAGGUUGCCAGAGUUGCAGCUGGUCUACAAAUCAAGAACUCUUUGACAUCGAAGGAUCCAGACAUCAAGGCGCAGUAUCAGCAGAGGUGGCUUGCUAUCGAUGCUAACGCGCGUCGGGAAGUCAAGAACUAUGUUUUACAGACCUUGGGCACAGAAACUUACCGGCCCAGCUCUGCCUCGCAGUGUGUGGCUGGUAUUGCUUGUGCAGAGAUCCCAGUAAACCAAUGGCCAGAGCUCAUUCCUCAGCUGGUCGCCAACGUCACAAACCCCAACAGCACAGAGCACAUGAAAGAGUCAACAUUGGAAGCUAUUGGUUACAUUUGCCAAGAUAUAGACCCAGAGCAGCUACAGGAUAAGUCCAAUGAGAUUCUGACUGCCAUAAUCCAGGGGAUGAGGAAAGAAGAGCCAAGCAAUAAUGUGAAGCUAGCUGCUACGAAUGCACUCCUGAACUCGCUGGAGUUCACCAAAGCCAACUUCGACAAAGAGUCCGAAAGGCACUUUAUCAUGCAGGUGGUCUGUGAAGCCACCCAGUGUCCAGAUACGAGGGUACGAGUGGCUGCUUUACAGAAUCUGGUCAAGAUAAUGUCCUUGUAUUAUCAGUACAUGGAGACCUACAUGGGUCCUGCUCUCUUUGCAAUCACAAUUGAAGCCAUGAAAAGCGACAUAGAUGAGGUGGCCCUGCAAGGGAUAGAAUUCUGGUCCAAUGUCUGCGAUGAGGAGAUGGAUUUGGCCAUCGAGGCUUCUGAGGCAGCAGAACAAGGACGGCCCCCUGAGCACACCAGCAAGUUUUACGCCAAGGGAGCCCUACAGUACCUGGUCCCCAUCCUCACGCAGACACUAACUAAGCAGGACGAAAAUGAUGACGACGAUGACUGGAACCCCUGCAAGGCUGCUGGGGUGUGCCUCAUGCUGCUGUCCACCUGCUGCGAGGACGACAUCGUGCCGCACGUCCUCCCCUUCAUCAAGGAGCACAUCAAGAACCCGGACUGGCGGUACCGGGAUGCUGCGGUGAUGGCUUUCGGCAGCAUCCUGGAAGGUCCGGAGCCCAGUCAGCUCAAACCACUAGUUAUACAGGCUAUGCCCACCCUAAUAGAAUUAAUGAAAGACCCCAGCGUGGUCGUUCGAGACACAACUGCGUGGACGGUGGGCAGAAUUUGUGAGCUGCUCCCAGAAGCUGCCAUCAACGACGUGUACUUGGCGCCCCUGCUGCAGUGUCUGAUCGAAGGCCUCGGUGCCGAGCCCCGGGUGGCUUCCAAUGUGUGCUGGGCUUUCUCCAGUUUGGCUGAAGCUGCUUAUGAAGCUGCUGAUGUAGCCGACGAUCAGGAAGAACCCGCCACCUAUUGCUUAUCGUCUUCGUUUGAACUCAUAGUUCAGAAGCUCCUGGAGACCACAGACAGGCCCGAUGGACACCAGAACAACCUGCGGAGCUCUGCGUAUGAAUCGCUAAUGGAAAUUGUGAAGAACAGUGCCAAGGAUUGCUACCCUGCAGUCCAGAAAACGACUCUGGUCAUCAUGGAGCGACUGCAGCAGGUGCUGCAGAUGGAGUCACACAUCCAGAGCACAUCAGACAGAAUCCAGUUUAAUGACCUCCAGUCUCUGCUCUGCGCCACGCUUCAGAAUGUUCUGCGGAAGGUACAGCACCAGGACGCUCUGCAGAUCUCCGACGUGGUCAUGGCCUCCCUCCUGAGGAUGUUCCAGAGCACGGCCGGGUCGGGGGGCGUACAGGAGGAUGCCCUGAUGGCUGUCAGCACGCUGGUGGAAGUGUUGGGUGGCGAAUUCCUUAAGUAUAUGGAUGCCUUUAAACCCUUCCUGGGCAUCGGAUUGAAAAACUAUGCUGAGUACCAGGUUUGCCUGGCAGCAGUGGGCUUGGUGGGAGACCUGUGCCGGGCCCUGCAGUCCAACAUCUUGCCCUUCUGUGACGAGGUGAUGCAGUUGCUGCUGGAGAACUUGGGGAAUGAGAAUGUCCACAGGUCUGUGAAGCCGCAGAUUCUCUCGGUGUUUGGUGACAUUGCCCUUGCGAUUGGAGGAGAGUUUAAAAAGUACCUAGAGGUUGUAUUGAAUACUCUGCAGCAGGCCUCCCAAGCUCAGGUGGACAAGUCAGACUAUGACAUGGUGGAUUAUCUCAAUGAGCUCAGAGAGGGCUGCUUGGAAGCCUACACCGGCAUCGUCCAGGGAUUGAAGGGCGACCAGGAGAACGUGCACCCGGAUGUGAUGCUGGUGCAGCCGAGAGUAGAGUUUAUUCUGUCUUUCAUCGACCACAUUGCUGGAGACGAGGAUCACACAGAUGGAGUCGUGGCCUGUGCUGCUGGCCUGAUAGGGGACUUAUGUACAGCAUUCGGGAAGGAUGUACUGAAAUUAGUAGAAGCUCGGCCGAUGAUUCAUGAACUGUUAACUGAAGGACGGAGAUCGAAGACGAACAAAGCAAAAACCCUUGCGACAUGGGCAACUAAAGAACUGAGGAAACUGAAGAACCAAGCUUGAUCUGUUACCAUUGGGACGAUAACCUGAGACCCCCACUGGAAAUCUCCAAUCUUUUGAAAAACCCGGAAGUGAGGAGUGUGCACGGAUGCUGAGUGUUUGGGAGUGAGAGGAUGCGUGAGUGAGGCUUGAAAACACCAUAUUGAGAAUCCUGCCGCAGCAGCCGCCGCCGCAGCCACCAGCAAGCAGCGCUGUUAGUGAGCUAAGUAAGCACUGACUUCUAGGAAACCCCCGACGCCAGCCGUCUGGAGGAGAGGAGCGGAGUGAUGGAUUUGCUGGCUGUGGAAGCUGUCUUCCCAGUGGAGGCUAGGACUAGCUUUCCUGUCUCUUGGCCGGUGCCGAGUGCAGGGCUGGUUUGGGAGAAGAGAAGGGACUGGGCUCAGCUGUGGCGCUGUGUCAUAAAAGGCGGCCUCGGCCUGUAGUACUGCGCUGCUGCGGAGAAAGAGAAAGACGGUCCUGGGCCCAAGCCCGCUUCGCUGUUCGCUGUUCCUCUGCCACGUGGUACCGUCUGCCUGGCUGGCGGGAGGAGGAGGGCGGGGCUUUAGGUCGGAGAAUGAGUGUGCGUGAGUGCGGCGGUAUCCACAUUCUCAACUUCAAGUCAUUGCAGUUUCUUUUUCCCAGAAAACAAGGGUUAGAUGUUGCAUUUCAUAGAUGUUGCAUUUCAUAAACUAACCGAAGUUCUGUCUACUGAUGCAGCACAAGAGGUGUUUUUAAAAAAAAAAAAAAAAAAAAAAGGAAAGACGCUCUCUAGGUUUGGUUUUUCUUUUUUUUUUUUUCUUUUUCUUUUUUUUCUUUUCUAGUUAUCCUAGGGAAAACACUGAUGCACAGUCAGCUCCUACCCUGUCUCCCACAGGCGCCUUUCCUGAUGAUGAUCUGGUUCAACUGUGAAUGUAGAAGGGGGAGGGGGGAGAAAGAACUCUGUGGAGUUAGAGGAUAUAGAAAAACAAAAAUGCAGACGUCAAAGACAAAGAAGCCACAGCCCACACCAAAUUUUACAUGGUCAAAAUUGGCAGGACAAAAGCAAAGCUCUCUCCUGACUUGUAUCGUGGCAGUCUGAAUGCCCCCCAAAAAUUGUGCCAAAGAGUUUAGAAAACAAAUAUACAAUAAAAGUAAAUAGACACACACAAAACAGCCAACUUCAGGUAACUAUUUUGGAUUGCAAAUGAGGAUAAAUUUAAUGUUCAAACAAUCUGAUAAUAUAACCAUUUCGAAACUG